AUGACACAAUAUCUUAUAGCCGUUUGGGAUUACACAGCAGAAGGUGAAUUUGAAUUAUCUUUUAAACAAGGAGAUAGAAUUAAGCUAUUAGAGAAGCAUAACGAUGACUGGUGGGAAGGCGAAUUAAAUGACCAAAUUGGUUUCUUUCCUGCAAAUAGAAUAAGACUAGAAACAACAGAAGUAGUAGAUGAACAGACAACAACAAUAACAACACCAACGGCAACAACAUUACCUGAAGGUUGGGAGUCUGCAUAUGAUGAAGAUGGAACCAUAUACUACUUUAAUGAAUCCACAGGAGAAUCUCGGUGGGAUAAACCAGAUGAUAUAACAGACUUGGUUACCACGGUAACAGCUAGGCUGGAGCCUGAUGAACUAAAGAAAUUGGAAUUGGAUAAACUGCAACCAGAAUGGAUUCGACAUAAAGGAAACAUUCAAAUGAAGAUGAUUUCUGAAAAGGAGGAGGGUGGUAAAUUGAGUUCCUGGAAAGUUUAUUAUGCAGUAUUAUCCAAUGGAUUCUUACUCUUAUACAACAAGGAGAGCCACGGAAAAAGCAAAAAAAUAGCUCGGUUGCCCGUUGGCAGCUUCGAUUUACACUCAUGCAAUAUUGACCCAGCUGGAAAACAAGACACGAAAAGAAAAUACGUAUUUAUCAUAUCAACGCCGCACAAAGUAAAACUAUACAUUCAAACUGAAAAUGAUAAAGAUUUUUCUCUUUGGCUUGAUGCUAUCAUGAGAGAACUCAUUGCUCGUAAAGAAGGUCAAAACCAAGACACAGAAAUCAUGAGACUAUUAACAUCACUGUCAAUCGAUGAAAAUCAUAUGAAAGUAAACAGAAAAAUGACGAAAGAUCAGUAUACAGAAGAAAAGAGACCAUUUUGGUUUACGAAAGCAAACUCAAAGAAAAUGGAACCAAAAUAUAUGCCUACCCCUCAAUCACAACCUGAUGAAAAUAGUGUGUUUGGAGGUUAUUUACGAAUGGAAGAAAAUGGUGAUGUACCCUAUAUUGUUUCAACAUGUAUAAAAGAAGUGGAAGCAAGGGGAUUACAGUCAGUAGGAAUCUACAGACUGUCUGGACCAACGUCUAGUAUACAAAAAUAUAAAGCAGCAUUUAAUGACAGGGAACAUGUCACAUUCAAGGAUGAACACGAUAUCAAUGCAGUAACUGGUUUACUCAAACUCUAUUUCCGUGAACUUCGCAAUCCAUUAAUGACAUUUGAAUAUUAUGAUUACUUUAUGGAAGCAGCAAAAAUAUCAGACUAUGAAGAACGCAUGUUUCAAAUCAAAUCUGUACUUCACAGCCUACCAAAGCCAAAUUUUAUUGUUUUGGAGUAUUUAAUGCGGCAUCUUAGUCAUGUUGCCUCAUACUCUGAAAUCAAUAAGAUGGAAGCUUCAAACUUGGCCUUGAUAUUUUCAGUCAGCCUCUUACGACCGGUUCAAGGAGAGUUAAGUGGCAUUAUGCAAUCCGACCUUCAGAGUAAGGUGAUUGAAGCACUGAUUUUGCAAUAUGACUGGUUUUUUGAACAAGACGAACAAUAA